UCUACCAUCAAAUCAAACUUUCAAGUUUGAAAAGAAUUCCAUAUUAAACUAAGAGGUUCUAAUAUAGGAACAUUACAUGUGCUGUGGAAUAACAAUUUAGCUUUAUAUACUAAUCAUUCACCUAUAAAACUCCUACACUUUCCUUAUCACAUAACUGCCUUCUCUACAUACUUGUUAACUCUCAUCAUAUUAAGCCAUAUUAUAUACUAAUUUGAUUUCUUGUUCUCUAUUCUUAUAGAAAAUGGGUGAGGAGGUAAAACAGGAAACACCAAAGGAGGCAGAGUCGAAGCCAGAGGAAACUCCGGUAGAGGAGAAGAAAGAGCCUAAGCCACCAUCUCCAUGUGUAUUAUUUGUAGACUUGCAUUGUGUGGGAUGUGCAAAGAAAAUUGAGAAAUACAUUAUCAAAUUUAGAGGAGUUGAGGGAGUAGUGAUUGAUAUGGCUAAAAAUGAAGUGAUCAUAAAGGGAAUAGUGGAGCCUCAAGCAAUCUGCAAUAUUAUAACAAAGAAAACAAAGAGAAUGGCUAAAAUUAUAUCUCCAUUGCCUGAAGUAGAAGGAGAAUCUAUACCAGAAGUUGUUACUUCUCAGGUUAGUGAACCAGUUACUGUGGAACUUAAUGUGACCAUGCACUGUGAGGCUUGUGCUGAGCAGCUUAAAGGGAAGAUACUCAAAAUGAGAGGAGUCCAAACAGUAGUGACAGAACUUAGCACAGGGAAGGUUAUUGUGACAGGGACCAUGGAUGCAAACAAUUUAGUAGAUUAUGUCUACAGAAGAACCAAAAAGCAAGCCAAAAUAGUUCCACAGCCAGAACCAGAACCUGAACCAGAAAAUAAAGGAGAAAAACCAGAAGAGGCUAAACCAAAAGAAAAGAAAGAAGAAGAAGAAGAAGAAGAUAAUAAAGAUGAGAAUGAAUUUGAUGAUGAGGAAUUAGGUAUGAUGAAGAGGAUGAUGUACUAUAACUAUUACCAACCACUCUAUAUAGUUGAACAUGAACGAAUGCCACCACCACCACCUCAACUCUUCAGUGAUGAAAAUCCCAAUGCAUGUUGCAUUUCAUAAAAUUCAUCACAUGAUAUCAAAUUCUAGUUACUUAUUAUUAUUUUAUAAUUUA